CCCGUUACUAACGGGAGCGCUCCGCCGUACAAUACCAAGCUCGAGGACCUUAUGGUCGGACUGUUCUCACAACACAUAGACGACGGCUGGGUCUCCCCAAGCACGUUGGCAAAGGCGUACCCGCAUGACUUCAACACGAAGGGCUGCCUGUCGAAGAACCGUCGUCCCGUCGGGCGACCUUACGUCCUAAGGGUUGGCAAGGAAGACCUAAUCGGCCUUUAAGGCGGCUGCGUACUUCUCAUAGGUGAAGAAGCUGCCGCACGCCUCGACCCCGGUAGGGCAGGGCAACCGUAGUUCGACCCUGUCCUAGGCGCAGACGGGCUUACCUUCGUCACCUCCGGCAGCGACUUUAUAGAGAAAGGCGCAAAGAUCAC